AUGUGGUCCGCACCUUGGAUGCGCCAGGCACUCUGGGGAGCGCUGGCAGCUGGAUGCAUUUCUGGCUGCCUGUUCCUUGGCAGUUUGAACCCUGGUCUGCAGGCUGCGACUGGACGUGGGCCAAGGGAUGAGGGGGUACUUGGCGCGCGAGAUUACGCUUUCAUUGUUUGGGGGGUCUGGGAGGCGCUGAGCAUCCCUCCACCCAAUGCAGCCGUGGUCCAACCGACUGGUGGAUGGAUUGGCCUGAUGGGCAAUGGGACCAGCACUUUAGCCAUCAACAUUGUUGAAGAAGAUUAUGAACAACAUCAUGGCAAGAAAACGGGUCCGCAGCCGAAAAAAAAAACUCCACUGUCGUUGCAAACAAUGUUCCUUCAAUUUCGCUGUGCUGGACAAAAAUAG